AUGGCCAAGAGCACCGGUGCGUUACCGAAAGCGGCGGGGCUGCGGCGCGCCAAGCAAAUCAAGGCGUCGGCCUCCCGCCCGGCGCUAAAGAAAACCAAGUCGCGAACGCAGUACCUCGCCGAGCACGCGAGCGCGAUGCUGCGCGCGCAGGCGGACGUGCAAAGGCGCCUGCAGACGCGCCAGGAGGACGCGAGGCGAGCCAAGCACGCGUCGCCCGUGUGCCUUGAGCGCGUGGUGGCCGACAUGGCGCUCUGGCGACGGCACGGCCACCGCUUCGAGUCGCCGGCGCUUCUCGAUGACCCGCCCCUCGAGUCGUUGCUUCCGUCGCUCACGAUUGCGAUUGAAUGCUCGGUCACGACGAAAGACGAGGGCCCGGUCGCCUUUUCGUUGCCGCGGAGUCGCGCAAGUCGCGCCUGCUUGAACGAGCCCAGUCCCAUGGAGUUCUAA